GGGAGGGAGGAGUGGAGAUGGCGGCGGCGGCGGCGGCUCAGGGGGGCGGGGGCGGGGAGCCCCGGGGAGCCGAUGGGGUCGGCCCGGGGGUCCCGGGGGAAGUGGAGAUAGUGAAGGGGCAGCCGUUCGACGUGGGCCCGCGCUACACGCAGCUGCAGUACAUCGGCGAGGGCGCGUACGGCAUGGUCAGCUCGGCUUAUGACCACGUGCGCAAGACUCGAGUGGCCAUCAAGAAGAUCAGCCCCUUCGAGCAUCAGACCUACUGCCAGCGUACACUACGAGAGAUCCAGAUAUUGCUGCGUUUCCGCCAUGAGAAUGUCAUAGGCAUCCGAGACAUUCUUCGGGCACCUACACUGGAAGCCAUGAGGGAUGUCUACAUUGUGCAGGACCUGAUGGAGACAGACCUGUACAAGUUGCUCAAAAGCCAGCAGCUGAGCAACGACCAUAUCUGCUACUUCCUCUACCAGAUCCUGAGGGGCCUCAAGUAUAUUCACUCGGCCAAUGUGCUCCACCGGGAUCUAAAGCCCUCCAACCUGCUUAUCAACACCACCUGCGACCUUAAGAUCUGCGAUUUCGGCCUGGCCAGGAUCGCUGAUCCUGAACAUGACCACACUGGCUUUCUGACAGAGUACGUGGCUACACGCUGGUACCGGGCUCCAGAGAUCAUGCUUAACUCCAAGGGCUACACCAAGUCCAUCGACAUCUGGUCUGUGGGCUGCAUUCUGGCUGAGAUGCUCUCCAACCGGCCCAUCUUUCCUGGCAAGCACUACCUGGACCAGCUCAACCACAUUCUGGGUAUCCUGGGCUCCCCUUCUCAAGAGGACCUGAAUUGUAUUAUCAACAUGAAGGCCCGAAACUACCUACAGUCUCUGCCCUCCAAGACCAAGGUGGCCUGGGCCAAGCUCUUUCCCAAGUCGGACUCAAAAGCUCUUGACCUGCUGGACCGGAUGUUAACCUUCAACCCCAAUAAACGGAUCACAGUGGAGGAAGCACUGGCUCACCCCUACCUGGAACAGUACUAUGACCCCACAGAUGAGCCGGUGGCCGAGGAACCCUUCACUUUCGACAUGGAGCUGGAUGAUCUACCCAAGGAGAGGCUGAAAGAGCUCAUCUUCCAGGAGACAGCCCGCUUCCAGCCAGGGGCACCAGAGGCCCCAUAACCUGGACAGAUGUCCCUGCCCCCAGAGCCUGGCCCUGCCUCCUGCCUGCCCCUUCCCCGCUGGACUGUUAGAAAAUGGACACUGUGCUCAGCCCAGACCCUGGCAACCCAGGCCAAGGGUGGGCCUGGCUACCUUCUCUCACUCUGCUGGGGUCUCCUGCUUUAGGCAGGCCCAGGUUCCCUCUCACCUCCAUCCCUACCCACUAUCCCACCCCAUCCCAACCCACCCUGGACCUGAGGGGCUCAGGUGGCCCAGAGCAAAUCUCUGCCUCCAUCUUGCCCAGUCUCUAGAAGCUCUGAAACAGAAGGGCCCUGACUGCCCCAGGACCUGCUGAGGGGCAGGGCCACUAAGUAGGGACUUGGGGCAAGCCCUGUCCCAGUCACCUCAUUAAAACCCCACCCAUUUUCCCUGAAGGAACAUUCCUAAGUCUCAAGGGCUAGUAUCCCUGAGGAGCCAGGCCCAGGCCUAAACCCCUCCCCCAUCAAAGCUGCCACAUUUAACGCCCUUGCUGCUUCUGUGUGUGGGUGAGUGGGAGUGGAGGUGGGGGCAUGUGGAGAGUCCUGUGCCCCUGCCCACCUCCCCAUGCCUGUAUCUAAUAUAUAAAUAUAGAGAUGUGUAUAUGGA